GAACUUUUGUCCUCGUAGAACAGUAUCAGUCAGACAUUCACAAUGGAAAUAAACAAAGUGCUGAUAACCGACGCCGUUGACCAAGCUUGCGUAAAUCUCUUGAAGGAGAAUGGUAUUGAUGUAAGCUGCAGGUAUAAUUUAACGAAGGAGGAGCUGUUGGAAGAGAUUUCGGAUUAUCAUGGAUUAAUAGUGAGAUCGGACACAAAAGUGACCGCAGCGGUUUUGGCGGCGGGUUUGAAGCUGAAGGUGGUGGGUAGAGCUGGUGCAGGUGUUGAUAAUAUUGACGUGCAAGAGGCGACGAAGCGUCGCAUUGCUGUGCUCAAUACUCCUGGAGGAAAUGCGGUCAGCGCCUGCGAGUUGACGUGCACGUUAAUUACCACUUUGGCCAGAAACGUUGUGCAAGGGGCUGCGUCGUUGAAAGCGGGCCGCUGGGAUCGUAAGCUUUACAGCGGGCACGAAAUUUGUGGUAAAGUGUUAGGGAUCAUCGGUCUGGGUCGUAUUGGGCGCGAAGUGGCAAUUCGCAUGCAAGCUUGGGGAAUGAAGACUGUCGGCUAUGAUCCAAUAGUGUCCGCCGAGGAAGCCAAAAAGUUUAAUGUCCAAUUUUUGGAGUUGGAAGAAAUAUGGCCAAUUGUUGAUUAUAUUACGGUCCACACACCCCUUAUACCAGAAACGGCAAAGAUGAUCAAUUCAAAGGUAUUGGCCAAAUGCAAAAAAGGAGUCAAGAUAAUAAAUGUCGCCAGAGGAGGUAUAGUCGAUGAAGAAGCACUCUUGAAAGCGAUAGAAGAUGGAAGGUGCGGCGGAGCGGGUAUAGACGUAUUUGAGCAAGAACCCCCUACGAGCCCCGUCACUUUGAAACUCAUUCAAAAUCCCAAAGUGGUGGCAACACCCCAUUUGGGAGCGAGCACGUCCGAAGCCCAAGUUCGGGUUGCUGUCGAAGUCGCCGAACAAUUUAUUGCUUUGGCUAAACGAAACCCCAAAUACACAUCAACGGCUGGAGUUCUAAAUCAUUCUGUACUUCAUUAAAUAAAUGUUUGUAACCGCAACGCAGAUUAAAGUUUCAGACAGUUAUAGUA